CCACAAGUAGGGAACUCCUUCACUUUUAGCUGGGUCGUGCUGUCCCAUGUCGUUCUCAUGCUGCUACACGAGCUAAGUAACUUCAACUUAACUAACUUUAAUUAUUUAGGUUGCCUUGCCAGUGUGCCUGUAUUGGCCCUGCUUGACCAGAGGAGCAGGAUGGGGCCAGGGGAGAGCAGUGGCUGCAGGGACAACUUUGUUUAAAGACAAGUACUGAUCGUGUGGUUGUGAGUUUCUGAAGAGCCUUUUGGCUGGCUGUGAUGUUUCACUCACCCACGGUGGAAAAUCCAGAUUCACCUGGCAGGUGGUGGAUGGGGCUUGGAGCAACUUGGGAUAGUGGAAGGUGUCCCUGCCCUUUUUAGGGGAUUGGAACUUUAGUGUUCUUUCCAACCCAAAUCACUCUGUGUUGCUGUAUGUACCCCACUUGAAAUGUUUUAAAUGUCUACAUUCUGAGCCCCUGUGAAACACUGACAGCGCCGCUUGGUGAGCAUCUCUGCAGCUUCUGUCCUCUGGGGCCACUCAGCACAGACACACUUGGGACAAGUGCAUUAUUGAGCAGAAAAAUAUGCAGGAAGAAAUACUGAAUUCAGUAAAAUUAAUCAUAUGAGUUUAGUUAAAUAUGUGCCUGAAUGCUGGUGUAACCACAUGGAAAGGCAGAACUGGAGAGGAUCCAAAUAAAGUAAUAACAAAGCUGUUUGCUGCUUGCUUGCUUUUUUUUUGUUUUCCAUAAUGAUGUCUUUGUUCAUAUUUCUUGAAAUACAUGUAGGAUGCACAGAAGAUGUUAUCAGCUGGAUCAGAGUUCCCAGUGAUGUCAGAGAGCAAUAUUUGAAGAUCAAAGCCUCUGGGCUGAAGCUGCAGCUCUGCACCAAUGAAACCCAAGCGACCCGGGAGAAUUUUGUGAGGAAGCUGCGAGCCAUGGGCUUUGACAUCUCGGUGGCCGAAGUGACCGCGCCGGCGCCGGCCGCCUGUCGCCUCCUGAAGGAGCGUGGCCUGAGGCCACACCUGCUGGUGCACGACGAUCUUGUCCCUGAAUUUGCUGAGAUUGAUAAGACAAACCCAAACUGUGUGGUUCUUGGAGAUGCAGCAGAAAACUUCACCUAUGCAAACCUGAAUGAGGCUUUCCGACUUCUGAUUGGGAUGGAGAAGCCUGUCUUGAUCUCCCUUGGAAAAGGACGCUACUAUAAAGAAACUGAUGGUCUGAAACUUGAUGUUGGAGCAUAUAUGAAGGCAUUAGAGUAUGCUUGUGAUGUCCAGGCCGAGGUGGUGGGGAAACCAGCAAAAAGGUUUUUUGAGUCAGCCCUGGCAGAACUGGGAGUUCCACCAGAGCAGGCCAUCAUGAUCGGGGAUGACAUCGUGAAUGAUGUUGGGGGAGCCCAGCAGUGCGGGAUGAGAGCGCUGCAGGUGCGGACGGGCAAGUACAGGUUUUGCAGAGAUUUCCAUGAAGGUUUCCUCUGUAGCUGUGCCAGGGAGUGCAGCAAGGGGCAGGUGAUGACUCAGAGCCAGAUGGUUCAUGGUGGGCCGUCAGGAGCACAAGGACAUGUGAGGACAGAGCACAGGAGCCCAGGCACAGCAGAGGGUCAGAACAACCUGUCAGCACAUGUGGGGGAGCUGACCUGGCCCUACAGCUCCACUUUCCACCAAAACACCACCAUGAAACUGGCCAGAUCUGACCAUGCCAUCCUGGCCUGGGCCAGCCCAGCUGAGCUGUUUGGGGAAGAGUGGGUGGCACUGUGGGGUUUGGGGUUUUGGGCCAGCUGCUGUCUUUCCUAAGCAACCUCUUCAAACUGAGUUUAGCUGGUCAUGAGGUAGGGACACAAAAUAUAGAGCUUGAGAUGAUUCAUCAUAAGAGAGAAAGGCCUCACCUCCCUCAUCACCUGCUGUGAAGGACAGGCAC